CAAUAACAAUUCUGUAAUAGCCCAUACGCCCACAGAAAAUUGCAUUGGCAGAUAAAGACGGGCAGAGAGAUAUAAGUUAUAGCCAAAAGGCUUAAGUACAAACUACCGUCACGGUAGGUUGAAAAGGAGUAGUUUCACAGCCGCCUUUAUCACCGUUGAUCUGAUCAAUCACACCCAAAUUCUCUUGUUAUUUAGCCUUGGCGUUAACUUUCACCAUUCGAGGACACUCGGAGAGCACUGCCAGUCCCACCUGACCGACUCUCUAUUAUUCACAUAGUGACGAGCGGAGUUGAGAGCUAAAAAUGCCUGGACUGAGGGCGCCUUCUGAUUAUGCGCAAGAGCCUCCUCGCCACCCUGCUCUCGUAGUUAAUUCCAAGGAACCUUUCAAUGCUGAGCCACGCCGUUCAGAUUUAGUUUCAUCUUAUGUGACACCAGUGGAGUUCUUCUAUAAGAGGAAUCAUGGACCAAUUCCAAUAGUCGAUGAUGUAGACAAAUAUAGUGUUUAUAUCACUGGCCUAAUCGGAAAUCCCAAACAGCUGUUCAUGAAAGAUAUCUGGAAGCUUCCAAAAUAUACUGUUACUGCAACUUUACAGUGCGCUGGCAAUAGGAGGACUGCCAUGAGCAGAAUUCGAAAGGUUAAAGGAGUUGGAUGGGACGUUGCUGCAAUAGGAAAUGCUAUUUGGAGUGGGGCCAAAUUGGCUGAUGUUCUUGAACUUGUUGGAAUUCCUAAGUGCUCGCAUGCAACACCAUCUGGAGGAAAACAUGUUGAAUUUGUAAGCAUUGACAAGUGUAAGGAAGAGAAUGGAGGCCCCUACAAAGCAUCAAUUCCAUUAAGUCAGGCAGCAAACCCUGAGGCUGAUGUUUUACUGGCUUAUGAGAUGAAUGGAGAGACUCUUAACAGGGAUCAUGGAUAUCCAUUGCGUGUCAUUGUCCCUGGUGUUAUUGGUGCUCGUUCUGUCAAAUGGCUUGACUCGAUCAACAUUAUAGCUGAGGAAUGCCAGGGAUUUUUUAUGCAAAAGGAUUAUAAAAUGUUUCCACCUUCAGUCGAUUGGGACAAUAUCAAUUGGUCUACAAGGAGGCCACAAAUGGAUUUUCCAGUUCAGUGUGCAAUAUGUUCUCUGGACGAUGUAAACAUGGUAAAGCCUGGAAAGAUAACUAUCAAGGGUUAUGCAGUGUCAGGAGGGGGUCGUGGCAUAGAGAGACUAGAUGUCUCGAUUGAUGGUGGCAAAACUUGGGUGGAAGCCUCCAAAUUGCAGAAACCUGGCAUCCCAUACAUUUCUGAUUCUGAAAGUAGUGAUAAAUGGGCAUGGGUGCUAUUUGAGGCUGAAGCUGACAUCCGUCAGAGCACUGAGAUAGUUGCCAAAGCAGUGGAUAUAGCCGGUAAUGUCCAACCUGAAAAUGUAGAAGUCAUUUGGAACUUGAGGGGGAUACUUAACACCUCAUGGCAUCGGGUUCAUGUUCGCAUAGGCCACUCAAAUCUAUAGGUAAAGCAAGGAGUUGCUCAGAAACAUCCCAUUCUGCAUGAUCAAUAAUCAAGUUUGAUCUACUAGUGUUGUAAAUGCCCAGAAACAAUUUAACUGCAGAGAGAUGUGGCUGGAGCUGUUUAUGGAAAAUAAAAUUGGCCAAGAGAUUGCGUUCUUUCUUCACUGUGGCUUUUAACUCUUUGCCAUUUGAUCUGCUUUCCCCGCUGACACUUUUCGACUGCAAAUCGAAGAAAUAAUGUUUUGUCUCCUUAUCUCCUUACUCGUGUAAGGACAAUUGUGUCAGGAGUAUGUGGUUUUAAGUGCCCUGAUUUUGUUCCUUUUCUUUAACUACUUUGUCUUUUUACAGUACAUUAUAAUAUCUCGUUACCAUGUUCUAUGGUUCCAGUG